AUGCUCGAUGAAGAUGAGCGAUUCUUCAAGGAGCACGGUACCCCGCUAUUCAGCAGCCACAUGAUUGAUCUCUCGGAGGAAUCUGACGUUGACAACAACUCCCUCUACACUCAGCCUGAGGAUAUCUGGGCCAUCUACGAGAGGCUCAGUGAGGAGAGCCCCUACUUCAGCAUCGCCGCCGGAUUCGGAAAUGUCCAUGGCGUCUACAAGCCGGGCAACGUCAAGCUUCACCCCGAGCUUCUCGGGAAGCACCAGGCCUUUGUCCGCGAGAAGCUCGGAUCCAAGGAUGAUAAACCUGUGUUCUUUGUCUUCCAUGGUGGCUCUGGCUCUUCGGUUGACGAGUUCCGUACUGCCAUCUCCUUUGGCGUUAUCAAGGUCAACCUUGACACGGAUCUCCAAUGGGCACAUACUACCCAAGUUGGAAACCCCGAGAGCGCCGACAAGCCCAACAAGAAGAAGUACGACCCUCGCAUCUGGGUCAGGAAAGGAGAGGAGACCAUGAGGGACCGCGUGGCCGUCGCCUUGAAGGAUUUCAAUGCGGCUGGUUCCCUGUAA